AUGCACGCCACCUCCCUCUUCCGUCCGACUGUCCUGCUCUGCUGGCUCACGGCCCCCAAGCCCGGCCACUGCGAGACCCUUUUCCACAGCCGGGACCGCUCAGACCUGGAGCCAUCACCCCUGCGUCAGGCCCGGCCUAUCGCCGACGCCCGCUCUGCACAGCGCUUCCUGACCAAGUAUGGCUGGACCACGACCCCCGGAUCGGGCGCCUCUGCAGCCCCGGGGCCCAGCGCCCUCGCCGCCGCCGUGCGCGCCUUCCAGAGCGCCAACCGGCUGCUGCCCACCGGGGUGCUGGACGCGGCCACGCUGCGGGCCAUGAACAGACCCCGCUGCGGUGUCGCCGACCCCUGGGGUGACCCCAGACGCAGCAGCACCGACGCCCCAGCUGCUUCCCAAUCCCGAGCAUCCCCUAACCUCCGUGGAAACCCCCACCCGAAGGCACGGGCGCGCACGAAGCGCUUCCUGCAUCUGCUCAGCCCCCUCCUCAGCCAGGAGGAAGGUUCCCGAGACUCGGGACCCAUCAGGAUCUUCUCCAAAACCACCCUCAAGUGGCGGCUGGUGGGUGAGGGCUACAGCAGCCAACUGUCCGCGGAAGAGCAGCGCUCCAUCUUCAGGCUGGCCUUCCGUAUGUGGAGCGAGGUGACGCCGCUGGCCUUCCAGGAAGACCCCACGGGGCCCGCUGUGAACGUGGACAUCAAGCUGGGCUUCGGAAGAGGCCGGCACCUGGGCUGUCCGAGGGUCUUCGAUGGGAGCGGGCAGGAGUUCGCGCACGCCUGGAGCCUGGGUGACAUCCACUUCGACGACGAUGAGCACUUCACACCCCCCACCAGUGACACCGGCAUCAGCCUCCUCAAAGUGGCCGUCCAUGAAAUCGGCCACGUCCUCGGCUUGCAGCACACCUACAGGACUGGGUCCAUCAUGCAGCCCAAUUACAUCCCCCAGGGGCCGCCGUUUGAGCUGGACUGGUCAGACAGAAAAGCCAUUCAGAGGCUGUACGGCUCAUGUGAAGGUGCCUUCGACACGGCCUUUGACUGGGUCCGCAAGGAGAGGAACCGGUACGGAGAAGUGCUGGUGAGAUUUAGCACCUAUUUCUUCCGCAGCAGCUGGUACUGGCUUUAUGAGAACCGGAACAACAGGACCCGCUACGGGGACCCAAUCCGGAUCCUCGCUGGCUGGCGGGGGAUCCCCCCACAGCACAUAGACGCGUUUGUCCACAUCUGGACCUGGAGGAGGGAUGAGCGUUACUUCUUUCAAGGGAACCAGUACUGGCGAUACGACAGUGACAAGGAUCAGGCCCACACAGAAGAUGAACAGGGAAACCGUUAUCCCAAAUUAAUUUCUGAAGGAUUCCCCGGAAUUCCCAGCCCCCUGGACACAGCCUUUUACGACCGACGAAAGCAAGUGAUUUACUUCUUCAAAGGGUCCUUGGUGUUUGCAUUUGAUGUGAACAGGAACCAAGUCCUCAGCUUUUAUCCAAAGCAGAUGACAGAGGUGUUCCCAGCCACAGUGCCACGGAACCACCCUUUCCACAGUCUCGACGCAGCGUACUACUCCUACACACACAACUCCGUCUUCUUCCUCAAAGGCAACGCGUACUGGAAAGUCGUGAACGACAGGGACAGACAGCACAACCCCCGGCUCCCAGCGAACGGGCUCUUUCCACAGGCGCGGGUCUCGGGGAAGUGGCUUGACGUGUGUGAUGUCCACACUUCCACCCUGAGCAUGUGA